AUGAGCGGUGCUCCUCCCAACUACUACAAGAUCCUCGAGGUCUCAGAGAGUGCAAACACGCAGCAGAUCCGUGAUGCCUACAAGAAAGCAGCCCUGAAGACCCACCCUGACCGGGUCCCGGCAGAGUCCCCCGAGCGCGCGGAGCGCACCCGCAAAUUCCAGCUUGUCAACGAUGCCUACUAUACCUUGUCCGACACCUCGAGACGGCGCGAGUACGAUGCGCAGCGUAAGAUGUACGGGUUUGCCGGCGGGCGCGCCGGAACGACCGGGCCCACCUACGCGGACCCCUUCGAGGACGAGUUCGACGAGGAGAUCCCCACGGCCGGCACCGGCGCCGGCGGCAUCCCCGCGGGCGGCUUCCCGUCGUGGGCCUGGAACUUCUUCACGGGGCAGGGCAGCACGCAGAACACGCAGCAGGCGCGCCAGGAGGCCGAGAGCGAGCAGUUCGGCGACGUCUUCGAGGAGAUGCUGCGCGAGGAGGGCCUGGCCGAGGGCAACGACGCCCGCCCCAACGGCAAGUUCUGGGGCGUCGCCGGCGGCGUCAGCGGCGGCGUGCUGGGCUUCAUCCUGGCCAACUUCCCGGGCCUGAUGGCCGGCGCCGUGGCCGGCAACCGCCUGGGCGCGGUCCGCGACGCCAAGGGCAAGAGCGUCUACCAGGUCUUCCAGGAGCUGCCCCAGGCCGACAGGGCGACGCUGCUCACGCAGCUCGCUGCCAAGGUCUUCAGCCACACGGUGGGAGUCUAA